ACGGCUUAAUAACUCACCGGUGAUUGGUGAUGGGGACCAAAGCGGGUUCCGCGGACCGUCUCUGGCUUUUUACCCCCGAAGGUUAAAUUUAAAACCCCAGGUGACUCUUGGAAAUCUGUGCUGUAUGAUGACAGCGAUGAUGAAACCGUUGAGCAGAGUCCUGUGGCUGGGCUGCGUGCUGGUCUUUUGCUUCCAGGUCCUGGUUCCCUGCGGGAUACCUGGGGCUUGCGGCCUGGACAACGGCUUGGCGAUGACCCCUACCAUGGGCUGGCUGCACUGGGAGCGCUUCAUGUGCAACGUGAACUGCCAAGAAGAGCCAGAUUCCUGUAUCAGCGAGAAGCUCUUCCUGCAGAUAGCUGAGAUCAUGGCCUCAGAUGGCUGGAAGGAUGUAGGUUAUGAGUAUAUCUGCAUUGAUGACUGUUGGAUGGCUCCUGAAAGAGAUUCAAAAGGCAGACUUCAGGCAGACCCUAAACGCUUUCCUGGUGGGAUCCGCCGCCUAGCUAAUUAUGUUCAUAGCAAAGGACUGAAGCUAGGGAUUUAUGCAGAUGUUGGAAACAAAACCUGCGCAGGCUUUCCUGGGAGUUUUGGAUACUAUGACAUUGAUGCCCAGACCUUCGCUGACUGGGGAGUAGAUCUCCUAAAAUUUGAUGGUUGUUACUGUGACAGUAUACAACAUUUGGCAGAGGGUUAUAAGCAAAUGUCCUUGGCCCUGAACAGGACUGGCAGAAGCAUUGUGUACUCCUGUGAGUGGCCCCUUUAUAUGUGGCCCAUUUUUAAGCCCAAUUACACAGAAAUCCGAGAGUACUGCAAUCACUGGAGAAAUUUUGCUGACAUUUAUGAUUCUUGGCAAAGUAUAAGGAAUACCUUGGACUGGACAUCUUCUAACCAGAAGAUAAUUGUUCCUGUUGCAGGACCAGGAGGUUGGAAUGACCCAGAUAUGUUGGUGAUUGGCAACUUUGGCCUCAGCCGGGAUCAGCAAAUAACUCAGAUGGCCCUCUGGGCUAUCAUGGCAGCUCCAUUACUCAUGUCCAAUGAUCUCCGACACAUCAGCCCUGAAGCCAAAGCCCUUCUUCAGGAUAAGGAUGUAAUUGCCAUCAACCAGGACCGCUUAGGCAAGCAGGGGUACCGACUUAGAAAGGAGAACAACUUUGAGGUGUGGGAACGCCCUCUCUUGAACUUAGCAUGGGCUGUGGCUAUAGUAAACCUGCAGGAGAUUGGUGGACCUCGUUCUUACACCAUCUCUGUUACUUCCUUGGGUCGAGGACUGGCCUGUAAUCCUGACUGCCUGAUCACAGAGCUCCUGCCUGAGAAGAGGAAGCUUGGGUUUUAUGAAUGGACUUCAAGUUUAAAAACUCAAAUAAAUCCCACAGGCACUGUUUUGCUUAGGCUAGAAAGAACAAGCUCAGUUCAGUUCAGUUACUCAGCUGUGUCUGACUCUUUGUGACCCCAGGGACUGCAGCAUGCCAGGCUUCCCUGUCCAUCACCAACUCCAUGAGUUUACUCAAACUCAUGUCCAUUGAGUGGAUAAUGCCAUUCAAUCAUCUCAUCCUCUGUCAUCCCAUUCUCCUCUCGCCUUCAAUCUUUCCUAGCAUCAGGGUCUUUUCCAGUGCGUCAGUUCUUUGCAUCAGGUGGCCAAAGUAUUGGAGAUUCAGCAUUAGUCCUUCCAAUGAAUAUUCAGGACCGAUUUCCUUUAGGAUGUACUGGUUGAAUCUCCUUGCAGUCCAAGGGACUCUGGGAGUCUUCUCCAACACCACAGUUCAAAAGCAUCAAUUCUUUGGCACUCAGCUUUCUUUAUAGUCCAACUCUCACAUCCGUACAUGACUACCGGAAAAACCAUUGCUUUGACUAGGCUUCGUUGGCAAAGUAAUGUCUCUGCUUUUUAAUAUGCUGUCUAGGUUGGUCAUAGCUUUUCUUCCAAGGAGCAAGCAUCUUUUUAUUUCAUGGCUGCAGUCACCAUCUGCAGUGAUUUUGGAGCCCCCCAAAAUAAAGUCUGUCACUGUUUUCAUUGUUUCCCCAUCUAUUUGCCAUGAGGUGAUGGGACCAAAUGCCAUCUUAGUUUUCUGAAUGCUGAGCUUUAAGCCAACUUUUUCACUCUCCUCUUUCACUUUCAUCCAAAGGCUCUUUUAGGCUUUCUGUGCUUUCUGCCAUAAGGGUGGUGUCAUCUGCAUAUCUGAGGUUAUUGAUAUUUCUCCCAGCAAUCUUGAUUCCAGUUUAUGCUUCAUCCACCCCGGCAUUUCACAUGAUGUACUCUGCAUAUAAGUUAAAUAAGCAAGGUGACAACAUACAGCCUUGACAUACUCCUUUCCCGAUUUGGAACCAGUCUGUUGUUCCAAGUCCAGUUCUAACUGUUGCUUCCUGACCUGCAUACAGAUUUCUCAGGAGGCAGAUCAGGUGGUCUGGUAUUCCCAUCUCUUUCAGAAUUUUCCACAGUUUGUUGUGAUCCACAUAGUCAAAGGCUUUGGUAUAGUCAAUAAAACAGAAGUAGAUGUUUUUCUGGAACUCUCUUGCUUUUCCAAUGAUCCAGUGGAUGUUGGCAAUUUGAUCUCUGGUCGCUCUGCCUUUUCUAAAUCUAGCUUGAACAUCUGGAAGUUCACAGUUCACAUACUGUUGAAGCCUGGCUUGGAGGAUUUUGAGCAUUAUUUUGCUGGUGUGUGAGAUGAGUGCAACUGUGCUGUAGUCCGAACAUUCUUUGGCAUUGCCUUUCUUUGGGAUUGGAAUGAAAACUGACCUUUUCCAGUCCUGUGGCCACUGCUGAGUGUUCCAAAUUUGCUGGCAUAUUGAGUGCAGCACUUUCACAGCAUCAUCUUUUAGGAUUUGAAAUAGCUCAACUGGAAUUCCAUCACCUCCACUAGCUUUGUUCAUAGUGAUGCUUCCUAAGGCCCACUUGACUUCUCAUUCCAGGAUGUCUGGCUCUAGGUGAGUGAUCCCACCAUCAUUAUUAUCUGGGUCGUAAAGAUCUUUUUUGUACAGUUCUUCUGUGUAUUCUUGUCACCUCUUCUUAAUAUCUUCUGCUUCUGUUAGGUCCAUAUGAUUUCUGUCCUUUAUUAAGCCCAUCUUUGCAUGAAAUAUUCCCUUGGUAUCUAUAAUUUUCUUGAUGAGAGCUCUAGUCUUUCCCAUUCUAUUGUUUUCCUCUAUUUCUUCGCAUUGAUCACUGAGGAAGGCUUUCUUAUCUCUCCUUGCUGUUCUUUGGAACUCUACGUUCAAACGGGUAUAUCUUUCCUUUUCUCCUUUGCCUUUAGCUUCUUUUCUUUUCUCAGAUAUUUGUAAGGCCUCCUCAGACAACCAUUUUGCCUUUUUGCAUUUCUUUUUCUUGGCGAUUGUCUUGAUCACUGCCUCCUGUACAAUGUCACAGACCUCCACCCAUAGUUCUGGCACUCUAUCAGGUAUAAUCCCUUGAAUCUAUUUGUCACUUCCACUGUAUAAUUGUAAAAAAUUUGAUUUAGGUCAUACCUGAAUGGUCUAGUGGUUUUCCCUACUUUCUUCAACUUAAGUCUAAAUUUGUCAAUAAGGUGUUCAUGAUCUGAGCCAGUCAGCUCCCGGUCUUGUUUUUGCUGACUGUAUAGAGCUGCUCCAUCUUCGGCUGCAAAGAAUAUAAUCAAUCUGAUUUCUGUAUUGACCAUCUGGUGAUGUUCAUGUGUAGAGUCUUCUCUUGUGUUGUUGGAAGAGGGUGUUUGUUAUGACUCUUGGCAAAACUCUGUUAGCCUUUGCCCUGCUUCAUUCUGUACUCUAAGGCCAAAUUUGCCUGUUACUCCAAGUAUCUCUUGACUUCCUACUUUUGCAUUCCAGUCCCAUAUGAUGAAAAGGACAUCUUUUGGGGGUGUUAAUUCUAGAAGGUCUUGUAGGUCUUCGUAGAACCAUUCAACUUCAGCCUCUUCAGCAUUAUUGGUUGGGGCAUAGACUUGGAUUACUGUGAUAUUGAAUGAUUUGCCUUGGAAAUGAACAGAGAUCAUUCUGUCAUUUUUGAGAUUGCAAGCUAGACUGCAUUAAAAAGCUUCCUUUACAAGUGACUACCCUGCUUUUGUCCAUCUUCAGCUGUUUUUAUUUCCUUGAGUAAGAUUUUCCACACUUGAGCUAUCUGAAAAUAUUUUGGGGAAAAGCCUUUGAACCAGAUAUGAAUAGCUGAGAAAGAAUAGCUUAGUAAUAUUAAUAAGUAAAAUAAUAAUUUACAGACA